GUCUGAUAUCGACAAGGAUCUUGGGCAAAGGAUAUCCGAAGCCACCCUAUGAUAUUAGUCACACAUCUUUAUUCCAUGAUCCCAGGAGGAUCCUGGCGCGACACGCGAUGGGACUGAAGGGAUCUGUGACUUGAUGGCUGGAACCUGCGUCAUUACUGUUUACUUUGUUUGUUUUCUUUUCUUUUUAUUCAAGACAGGGUUGAAGCGUUUGAAUAACCCUUUUGACAGUACCCUCCGGUACACGACGAUUUCCUUAAAAAUACGGCGCAUGAAAAAAACAGUUAAAGAUGGACAAAUACCCCCUUCAGCGUGGAUGGUGUUGGUCAUUAAUGGGAUUCUAUGUUUAUAUUAUUUUUAUUGUCGCGGCAUUGAAAGCUGCUUCUAUGGAUCAAAGGAACAGGACGGGAAUGAAAAGGAGUCUGCAUACACCACGCUUGGCCGUGAUUUGGGAGCGUCAGGGAAACUUGCAUUGCACUGGGGAAUACCGGAAUUCACGUAUUAUAGAUCGGCACAAGGCAGGGGAGCCAAACACUUGGGAAAUAUCUCUUUUCUGCUGAAAGCACUUUCACUCACUUUACUUGGCCCACAAUAUCUCUCUCAUCUCUUGACUCUCUUGUUGAUUUUACCACAAUCUGAUGUCAUCAAUGUCACCUGGCACGGGAGACGAGAUGAUAGGAAGAAGGUUAUUGCACUGGCAUAAGGGAGAAUGGAAUGGCUGGUGGAGAACAUAGGGAUAUCCCUCACAUUUUGAGGCCUCUGAGAUGGAACAAUGGAUCGACAUAGGGAAAUCAUGAUAUACACAUACCGGUGGCUCACGCUACAACAAACAAUACAAACAAACUACUGGGCCACCCCCUCAAUCUGGGGAUAGGCAAUAUGCCCCUUCCCCCUUUUUGGAAGAGGUCUUCUUGGCCUUGACUCAAGGCGAAGAGGGGAAUAAUGAGAAAUGAAUAAUUUUACAAACACAUGAAUCUCUGAUCAAAGUCUGUGACCCGUAUUCUCGUAUUAUACCCCUGUUCCCUUAACAAAAUAUCUAUAAAC